GGGCCCGGACGGGGCGGCCGCUGCUGCCGCGCACUCGGGCUGGGCUGCGCCGGGCUCCGCGCCGGGAGCGCUGCCAUGUUCGGCCGCGGCUCCCGCAAGCGGCUCUCCAGCCGCUCGCUGACGGCGUCGGGGGAGCCGGAGCGGGGCCAGCCCUGCAACACCUGCGGGGACCAGUGCCCCGGCUUCGCCCUGCACAAGUGGAGGAAGAUCUGCCUUCACUGUAAGUGCUCCCAGGAAGAGCACAUUGUAACAGUUAUGCCUCUGGAGAUGGAGAAGACAGUCACGAAGCUCAUGUUUGACUUCCAGAGGAAUUCAACUUCUGACGACGACUCAGGCUGUGCUUUGGAGGAGUACGCCUGGGUCCCCCCCGGCCUGAAGCCUGAGCAGGUGCACCAGUACUACAGCUGCCUGCCCGAGGACAAGGUUCCCUAUGUCAACAGCCCCGGAGAAAAAUCUCGCAUAAAGCAACUUCUUCACCAGCUGCCACCACAUGACAAUGAGGUCCGCUAUUGCAACUCAUUGGAUGAGGAGGAGAAGAGGGAGCUCAAACUCUUCAGCAACCAGAGGAAGAGGGAAAAUUUAGGGAGAGGCAAUGUUCGACCAUUCCCUGUAACCAUGACAGGAGCCAUCUGUGAGCAGUGCGGCGGCCAGAUCAAUGGAGGGGACAUGGCCGUCUUCGCCUCGCGGGCAGGACACGGCGUCUGCUGGCACCCUCCUUGCUUCAUCUGCAGUGUCUGCAACGAGCUGCUGGUUGACCUGAUCUACUUCUACCAGGAUGGGAAGAUCUACUGUGGCAGGCACCACGCCGAGUGCCUCAAGCCCCGCUGCGCUGCAUGCGAUGAGAUCAUUUUUGCCGACGAGUGCACCGAGGCCGAAGGGCGGCACUGGCACAUGAAGCAUUUCUGCUGCUUCGAGUGUGAGACGGUUCUGGGGGGGCAGCGCUACAUCAUGAAGGACGGGAGGCCCUACUGCUGCAGCUGCUUCGAGUCCCUGUACGCCGAGUACUGCGACACCUGCGCCCAGCACAUCGGUAUUGACCAGGGCCAGAUGACGUACGACGGCCAGCACUGGCACGCCACCGAGACCUGCUUCUGCUGCGCCCAGUGCAAGAAGUCGCUGCUGGGACGGCCCUUCCUGCCCAAGCAGGGGCAGAUCUUCUGCUCCAGGGCCUGCAGCAUUGGUGAUGACCCCAAUGGCUCCGACUCCUCCGACUCGGCUUUCCAGAGCGCGCGAGCCAAGGAAUCCCGCCGCAGCGCCAAGAUCGGCAAGAACAAGGGGAAGGGCGAGGAGGGGGCGCGCAGCCCCUGCAACCAGCUGCAGGUCACCUCCAACCGCCUCUCCACUGACGUGGACCCGCUGUCCCUGCAGAUGGAUCUGCUGAGCCUGGCCAGCCAGACACCGAGCCUCAACAGGGACCACUUGUGGAGGAGCCGGGAUGAGCUCUAUCACUAUGGGGGCAAAAUGGAGCAAAGCCAGUCUCAAACCCCCUUGCAGCUUCUCAGCCAGUGCAACAUAAGAACCUCCUAUAACCCCACCCAGGUCCCGAGCUCGCAGUCGGAUUUAUGGGCAAAACAUUUUAGCAACCCAAAGAGGAGCUCCUCGCUGGCCAUGAAGAGCCACGGUGGCAGCUUCAUCCAGGACUGCAGAGAGGACUACUACUCAGGGAGGCUCCGCUCACAGGAGAGCUACAGUGACAUGUCCAACCAGAGCUUCCCAGAGACCAGAGGAAGUGUCAAAGUCCCCAAGUAUGAAGAGGAAGAGGAGGGUGGGAUGCCAACGUCACAGUGCCGCACCCGUCACCCCAUCAAUGCCCUCAAGUUCUCUGAGGACCUGACGCCCACUGAGCAGACUCCACGGGGCUCCAUGGAAUCCCUGGCACUCUCCAAUGCUACAGGCCUCUCAGCAGAUGGUGGAGCCAAGCGCCAGGAGCACCUCUCCAGAUUCUCUAUGCCUGACCUGAGCAAAGACUCGGGCAUGAAUGUCUCAGAGAAGAUGAGCAACAUGGGCACCCUGAACUCCUCCAUGCAGUUCCGCAGCGCCGAGUCGGUGCGCAGCCUGCUGUCGGUGCAGCAGUACCAGGACAUGGAGCCCACCCUGCACGACCUCGCCAGCCCCCUCGGCUACCAAGAGCGGCCGUCGCACGGGCGGAUGCACCAGAGCUUCGACUACGGCAGCGGGGUGCCCGGGGGCAAGCUGGGGGCGCAGGAGAUCCCGAGGCACGCGCCCAUGAGCGAGCGCACGCGGCGGAGAACCGUGCUGCGGGACGACGAGCGGCACUACCGCCCGCACCGGCCCCGGCGCUCCCGGCGCUCCCGCUCGGACAACGCCCUGCACCUGGCCAGCGAGCAGUGCUACCGCCUGAAGGAGAGACCCUCGCUCCGAGCCAGGGACGACUACGACCCCUUCGUGCACCAGAGGAGCUGCAGGGAGACGAUGGAGCAGGGUCCCUACAGGGAUGUCUACGGCCACUGUCCCCGGACGGUGUCGGAUCUUGCCUUGCAGAACCACUUGGGCGAGAGAUGGGGGCCCUACUUUGCCGAGUACGACUGGUGCUCCACCUGCUCCUCCUCUUCGGAGUCCGACAACGAGGGCUAUUUCCUCGGGGAGCCGAUUCCGCAGCCUGCCCGCCUCCGGUACGUGACCAGCGAGGAGCUGCUGCACAAGUACGGCUCGUACAGCAUGCCCAAGUCUUCCACGGUGGGGGCCAGGGGACAGUUGCACAGCCGGAAAAGACAGAAGAGCAAGAACUGUAUCAUAUCCUAAUGGCAUCCUUGCCAGGCACCUUGGGAGAAUGUAAAUUAACUCACGAUCUUGCACUGUUUUAGAUCAUGUAAGUGCUUUUAUUGUAACAAAAAAAAAAGGCCCGAAGAGUAGGGAUUUGUAAGAAGGUUGUAGACCGGCUUCUAUAAAUAGUCAUAAUCCUGGGCACAGUGAAUAUAUUUUGCACAUCUUACUUUGGA